AUGGCGACGUUUAGAAGAAAUAAUCAGAAAUAUCAUGAUGAGGAAGAAUUAAAUUGUGAUGAAAAUAAAAGUAAGGAUAAAUUGUUUCACGAAAUAAAUAAAUUAUUAUAUUCUUCAUCCAGUGAAAAAAUGACUAGAAAACCGAAACCAAAAAUAGUUGUUAGUAAUGGAGGUUCAAUUAGACAAUCUGAUAAAAUAAAAAAUGAAAAAAAAGAUAACAAUAAUAAUAAUAAUAAUAAUAGUAUAUCAUCAUCUGAUGAUGUAUAUGAUAAAUAUAUAUCUAGUAAUAAUAUAAGUGAUAAAAAUAAAUCCAGUAAUAAUAUAUGUGAUAAAAACAUAUGUAACAAUAAUAUAUAUGAUAAAGAUAUACAUGAAUAUAACAUGUUAUAUGAUAAUUUAUACACAUAUAAUAGCACCAGUAAUAAAUCAGAUUAUUCACAGAACAAAUCUGAUAUAUUUCAGUUAGAACAAAUAUUAUUAGAAUCAAAUUAUGAUUCGUCAUUAAAAAAUAAUUCAAUUAAUUCAUGUUCACUCUCAUUAACUUCUUUUAGUUCAAGAAAUACAAGUAGUAUACUUGAUGAAUAUGAUAAUAUUAUAAAAAUAUUUAUAGAAAAUAUUACACUAGAUAAUAUUACAUAUAAUGAACAUACAUACAAUAAUAUAUUUUGUAUAUCUUACUUUAUAUAUGAAGACCCUUUAGAAAUAUUUAGUUUUUUUCAAGGUAUUAAUUGGUUACCUGAAUUAAAAAAUAGAUGUACAUCUAUUUGUUAUCUUGAAAAACUGGAUAAGAAAAGCAUGGAAAAAAAUAAUUACUAUCAACCUGAAAGUUAUUCUUAUUAUAUUAAUAUAAAUCAAUAUGUAAAUUUAAAAAAUAGAAAGAAUGAACAUUUAUACAUAUACGAUGACGGUAUUAUUUAUAUUUUUGUAUCAAUAGUAGGAGUGAACAUGAGUGAAUUCGAAAAAUAUUAUUAUGAUAAUUUUAUACAAUGUGAUAAUAAUAUAUAUUAUGAUCAUGAUAAAAAAGAAAAUGAACAUAGUCUACAUUUUAAUAACAAUAUAACAAAUGAUAAUUUAAGUGAUAAAUCACAUGAUAUUUAUUCAAAUGAACAAAAAAAAAAAAAAAAAAGAUUUAUUCAUAAAAAAAAUUAUAAAAACUUUCUUAAUAUAUUAGGUACGUGUAUUAUUCCAAUAAAAGUAAAUGAUACAACUUAUGAACAUACAAAUAAAAUAAAUAAUAGUACGAUGUAUAAUAUAUAUCAACAUGAUGUCAUAAGAUCUAUACUGAAUAAUUAUUAUGACUCUUUAAAAAUAAAGAGAAAAAUAAAUAUAUAUGAUUUAAUUAAUAAUCAUAAACAUAUCUUAUCACCUAUAGGAAAAAUUAAUAUCUCAAUAAAAAUAAAAAAUAAAUUAUAUUACAUGUCAAAUAUGGACACGUGUAAUUACCUAAUGGAUAUACAACACGAUGAAAAAGAAAAAAAAAACCUAUUGGAUAGAACAAAUCAUAUGAAUAAAAUUAUUGAUGAAAUAUUAAAUUAUGUAAAAAUAUAUAAAGCGAAUAAUAAAAAGAAUAAUAAACAGGAUGACACACAUAUAAAACAUAUUAAAGAUAAAAUAUUAUCCAAGUUUAUUUUAUUUUAUAAUGAAAAAGGUAAUAUAAAUUUUGAUGAUUAUUUGAUGAAAUCCUUUUCUUAUAUAGAAAGUAAUAUAGAUAAAAUAUUUAAUUGUGAUGAUGAAAAAAAAGUCCUUAAAAAAAUAAAAAAACGUAUUCUUAAUAUAUUGCAAUUAUACAAAAGGAAAGAACCGAAAAGGAAUAAACAAAAAAAUAAAGACAAUAGUGACAAUAAUGAUAAUUGUUAUAAUUAUCAUCGUGUUGAUGUUUCCAAAGAAAUUAUAUGUACUCAUAUUAUUUUAUUUGUUGAUUAUAUAUCAAAUAUUAAAAUACCAUGGAAAUUAUUAUCUCAUUUUAAAAAUGAUAAUACAUUUUUUGUUGUAGUGUAUUGGAAGGAAGAAGAUGAUGAAGAAGAAGAUAACAUGACAAAUAUAAUAAGUAGACAGAGUAGAGUUAUACAUUUAAAUAAUAAUAAUAAUAAUAAUAAUAAUAGUUAUUAUUAUAAUCAUUGUAAUAGUAUUGAAGUGGAUUAUAAUUCUUGUGUUUUAGAAAAAUAUCAAACAAACAAUAUAAUUACAGAACAAUAUAAUUAUAAUAUAAAUAAUUUAAAAGAUGAAGAAAAAAAUAAAAUGAUAAAAGUAAAAUUAAAUUUUAAUAGUUGUAUUAUUUUACCAUAUAAUCAUUAUAAUAUAUCCUCUGAUAUAAAUCUUAUCCUUUAUCAUAAUAAUUAUCCUUUUCUGGAAUUCAAGAAACCUUUAUGUAUUCUUAAUAAUUAUAAUAUUACAUAUAAUGCACAAGAUAAAUUUAUUAUGAAUUUAAAAAUCAAUCAAAAUUAUUAUCAUUCUAAUAAUAAAAUUAAUAUAAAUAAAUUAAAUAUAGAUGAUACAUUUGUACAAUUAUCAUUAUGUAAACAUCCUAAACAUAGUACAUUUUUCUCAUCUAUUAAUUAUAAAUCCUAUUAUAAAAAUAAAACCAAGUGUAGUAUACAAGAUACAAAUUAUUAUAAUGCUCACUAUUCACCUCCUUUAUUUAAUAAAAAUGGACAUGUAUUUAUUUUUUGCGAUGAUUAUUACAUUAACCAUGAAAAAUAUAAUGAAAAUAAAAAAUAUUCGUUUUUAUAUCCUAAGGAUGAUAUAAAAAGAAAUGUCAUCUUUAAUAAAGAAACAUUUUUUAUACCUAUAUGUCAGGGGAACACUUACAAUGAGAAAAAAGAUAAAGUAACAAAUACUUAUUUGAAACAAAAACAAAAAAUAGAUACAUAUAUGAUAAAAGAUAAGCAUAUAGAAAAACAAGAAGAAGAUCAAGAAAAAAAAAAAAAAAAUUCCUUAUCAUGUAUACUAAAAACAAAUAUAUUAUAUUCAGUAGUUGCUAAAGGAGACGGAUUAAAGGGUGGAAAGUUAAAUGAAUGGAUUUCUCUUUAUGUUCAUACAAUAAAUAAAGAGGGAGAUAAUAUAUAUUAUGGAAAACAUAUAAAUAUAAGAAUGAAAAUCGAACCCAUUGGAUAUUUAAAAUCAUAUUAUUCGUUCAGCUAUUCUAAUAUAAGCAAAGAAAUAAAAGAUAAUAAUAAUAAUAUUAUGUUAACACAAUUUAAUGAAUCAAAUGUAAUAAAAAAUGAAUAUAAUAAUAUAUCUUUAAUAUCUUCCCCAAUGUGUUUUCAUUCUUUUAAUAAUAUUCAAGAAAUGAUAAAUUAUAAAGUAGAAGAUUUACAGAAUGGUAUAUAUAAAAUUUUAUAUAAAGUCAAUAAAAUUGGAAAGAAGAAAUUAUACAUAUACUGUGACGGAAUAAGUGUUAGCAGUUCUCCUUUUGAAAUAAAUAUUUCUCCCUCUUCACCUUGUUGUAAAUUAUCAAAAGUUGUAGGAAAAGGAGUAACCAGAUGUAUAUCAAUACCUUAUUUAUAUGAUAUAAAAAAGGAAUCUUUUUUUAUUAACCACGUAGGAAAUACAGAUGCGAAAAUUAAUGGGAAGAAUGAUGAUUUGUAUAAUAUGAAAGAAAUGAAUAAUGUGGAUUAUAUGAAAGAAAUAAAUAAUAUGGAUGAUGUGAAAGAAAUGAAUAAUGUGGAUGACAUGAAAGAAAUGCAUAAUAUGGAUGAUAUGAAAGAAAUGCAUAAAAUAGAUGAUGUGAAAGAAAUGCAUAAAAUAGAUGAUGUGAAAGAAAUGCAUAAAAUAGAUGAUGUGAAAGAAAUGCAUAGCGUAAAUGAUAAGGAGGAAUCAAAUAAUAUGGUCGACAAAAAGGAUAGUUCCAAUAAUGGUGACAAUUCACAUAUUAUAUCUAUUCAAAAAAAUGACGAUUGUCUAAAAAUAAACAACACCAAUAAUAAUAAUAAUAAUAAUAAUAAUAAUGAUAAUAACAAUGUAGACAUAUGUUUUGAUAAAAACCCUGUUUGUAUCACGUCUGAGAGUAAUAAAAAAAAUGCAAAUAUGAAAUACAUAUAUGGUGAGGAAAAUAACCAAAUUUUUAAGAGUCCUAAAUAUUAUGACGAAAUUAAUGGAAAUAUUAUAAAAUUAAAUGAAAAGAAUGAAAAAACUUUCGAGGAGUUUUUAAAAAAUAUGGUACAAGUAGUAAAUACAUUUGACAUUAUUUUGUAUGAUAAAAAUGGUGAAAGGAUAUGUAUAGGUAAUGAUAAUAUUAAAGUUAUAGGAAACAAAGGUGCUUAUAUAAAAAAUGUAAUAGAUAAUAAUAAUGGUACUUAUACUGUGCAAUAUUGUUGUUGUGUAAAAAAAGAUGAUAUAAAAAAGAUAAGAAAUAUUAAUAAAGAAAAAUUAAUAGGAUUUUAUGAUGAAUUUUUGUUUCAUAAAAAUAAAUAUUAUGAUAAUGUUAUUAUUAAUGAAUUUAAGAAAAGAUUUUUUAAUGUAUUUAUUAAUUGUGAAAUAAAAGUAUAUAUAAAUGAAGAAGAAAUUUAUGGUUCUCCAUUUUUUCCAAUUAUAAUAAAUAUGCACGAAAUUUUGAAUAUAUAUAAUUUAUAUGAUCAAUAUACAUACUCAGGAAUGUUAUUAAAAAAUUUUGAAUACUUGUUAACUUUUAAUAAUUAUCAAGGAUGUAUACAAAACUUAUAUGAGUUUUAUGAAACAUUUGUUGAUACACAGGAUGAUUUAAUUGAUAAUAAAAGUGGACAGAAAAAAAAAGAAAGCAUUCGAUCUUUAUUGCAAAUGAAAAACGACGAGAAAAUAAAUAUGGAUAGAAAGAAUUACACAAAUUUAUUUUUUAAUAUACCUUUAAAUAUAUACGAAAUGAAUAGUAAAUAUAUGAUGUAUGAUGUUGAUAGAUACAUGGAAAAUUAUGAAAACGAAGAAGAAAGAAAAAAAAAGACACCUAUUUUUUGUAAUAAUAAUAAUAAUAUAAUGAUGAUGAAUUCUUCAUGUAAUAAUUAUAAAAUAAAUGAUAAACUAUCUAUUCACAAUGAUAAUUAUACAUAUAAUAUUUGUAAGGAUGAUUCUUAUGAUUCUUUCUCAAUUAAUAAUUACAAUGUAAAAAAUGAAAAUUUGUCUUUAAAUGAAUGGCUUUAUCUAUAUAGCUGUAAAGAACAUGUUACACAAUCAAAUAAAAAAUAUGACAACAGCAUAAUACUUGCAUAUUCCUUAUGUAAUAUUAUAUUACACCAUUUAAUAUAUUUAAAAAAAUAUAAAUAUUAUAUAAACUGCAAGCAAUAUGAAAAUGAUUUAUUACAAAAUAAUAUUUUAAUUCAAUUCAAAAAAUUAUUGCAAGAAGAAUAUAAUAAAAUGUUUGCAUAUCAAACAAAUAAUAUUAUAACGUAUUGUAAAAAAAUUGGAAAUAUAAAAUUCAACAAUUUAGAAGAAUUAAUUAAGGUAUAUAAAAAUAUAGCGUUCGAAUUAAGGAAAUUAAAAAAAAAUGAUUUAGCAGAUGAAUUCGAUAAAUGCUGUGAAAAUAUGUGCGAAGAAUUAUAUUUAAAAAAUAUUGAAAGUAAUUUAAAUAGAAAAGAAAAAUUAUUAAAUGAAUAUGAAGAAAUAAUAAAUGAAAAGAUUAAUAAAAUUGAACAUAUAAAAAAUAAUGAGUUAAAAAAAUAUGAAAAUAAUUAUACUAUAGAUAUGAAUCAAAUUCAUAAAUUGUGUAGUGUACCAAAAAAUAAAGAGGUACAAACAUGUGAUGAUUUGUCUUAUCAAAAGAAAAAUGAAAAAUUAUCUUCCCUAAUUGAACUAAGAAAUAAAGAAAAAGUAAAAAAUAUUAAUGAUGAAAAGGAUGAUAAACAUAAAACUGAUGAUACUAUAAAGGAAGAUGAUCCUAAAAGUGAUCAGAUUCAAAAAGAACAGAUCUUCCAUAUGGUAAGAGAAUACUGGAAAAAUUCAUCCACAUAUGAUAUAUUCAGCACUAUUAAAAAUACAUUAAAAAAUUGCCCUCGCUUGAAAAUAUGUUUAGAAGAAACAUUUAAUUAUUACAGUUGUAGUAUAAAAACUAAUAAUAAAAUGAAAGAUAUCCAAAUGAGGAAAAUUCAUGAAAUAAAAAUUGUGGAAAAUUUAGAUAAUUUAAAAAAAAUAGAAUUACAAGAAGAAAAUUUCUUAUCUAAUCAUGAUAUAAAUAAUUCCUAUUUAACAUAUAAUGCAUAUAUAUCUCUAAUAUUAGAUAUGAAAUGUAAUUCAUAUUUAAUAAAAGAUGUAGAUAAUGUUUUAUGGUUAUUUGAAAAAUUCUCAAUAGAACAUAAUUCAUUUAAAAAUAUAUAUAGACCAUAUGGAUUAUUAAGAAUAAUGCCAAAAUAUUUAUUUAUACCUUUUAUGAGGGAAUUAGCAUAUUUAAAUCUAUUAUAUAUAAUAUCAGAAUAUGUUAUAAAAAACCAACAAGAUAUAAAAACAUAUCUAACAAUUAAUCAUCCCUCAAGAUUGUCUUCUUUUCAUCAUUUUAUUACUUAUCAUUUUAUACCCUUUUAUGAACAACUAAGUGAAAAUCAAAAUUUUGAUAAUUUCAAGCAACAGCUCAUAGAAAUUAAUGAAGAUGAUGAUAAAACAGAACUGGAAGAUCAUCACAAACAAUUAAAUGAUAAGCAAAUUAAUAUGAAAAAUAAAAAUAACAUAAACAAACAUAUCAAUGAUAUAAUCCCACUUAAUAAUAUUUAUAACACAAAAAAUAAUAAUAAUAAUAAUAGUAAUAAUCAAUUAAGCCUUUCAGAUAUCGAAAAUUAUUUUAAUAAUGAAUUGCCUUUAAUUGUUAAACAUAAAAAUUUCUCAAAAACAUUUCCUUUAUUAUUUGACUUUUAUUCAAAUAUAUCAAUGAAUAUUAAUAAAAAGAAAAUUAAAAGUGGUACAUCACAAGAUGAAAAAACAAAUACAACUUUGACAGAUAAUCAAUAUGAUAAUUCUAAUAAUUCAAAUAAAUAUAUAACCACUACUAUUUUUAUUAAGUUCUUACGAGAAUUUGGUAUCAUUCCACAUUUUUUUAAUAAUGAUAUGUGUUUAUCAUUUUUAAAUACUCUUACCAAAAAUAACAAACAUAAUAAAUUAUAUUAUGAAGAUUUUUCUAAAGCUAUCAUAUUAUCCAUAUGUGAAUGUGUAAAAAAAAAUAUCCUCACACAAUAUAAUAUGUUGACCAGUAAUAACCAAUUCAAAAAUAAAUUACAAAUUGGAAAAAUUCUAAACCAUAAUUAUAUUUCAUAUGAAGUUAAGGAGCUAAUUUAUCUUUUUGGUUUUUCCGACCUUCACAUAGUCAAGUCCAAAAUAAACAUACAAAAGGAAUAA